AUGCCUUUCCGCAUAUCGCGCUCGACGCGCUUGUGCGUGGUGAUUGGGAUCUCAACGUGUUUCUUUUUGGGGGAGAUUUCGGUGGGGUUUUACACACACUCUCUUGCACUAGUUGCAGAUGCUUUCCACUACUUGAAUGACCUUGUGGGCUUUGUCAUUGCCUUGAUUGCCUUGAAGGUCUCAGAAGGUGAUGAGUCUCCGAAGGGGCUAUCUUUUGGAUGGCAGAGGGCUCAGUUGUUGGGUGCUUUCUUUAAUGGGGUGCUGCUCUUUGGACUGGGACUUAGUAUCUUGUUGCAGUCGGUUGAGAGGUUUAUUUCACUACAGCGUAUUGAGGAUCCGAAACUAGUUUUCAUUAUUGGGAGUAUUGGAUUGAGUCUGAAUAUCAUCAGUGCUUUGUUCUUACACGAACAUGGGCACGAACACGGCCACAGUCAUAUCCCACCUCUGACGAUUGAGGAUGGAGUGUCACCCAUUAGUGACGACGGGGAUUCUAUUGCCAAGCAUCAUGACCACAAGCAUGUGGAUUACGAGAAAUCGCAUAGUUCCGUCACUGUGCGAAGUCAUGAUCACAGCAACGGUCACAGUCACAGCCAUAGCCAUGGGCACGGGCAUGGGCAUGGGCAUGGGCAUGGGCAUGACCAUGGAGACUUGGGCAUGAUGGGUGUCCUGAUUCACGUUCUGUGCGAUGCAGCCAACAAUCUCGGUGUCAUGGCCGCCGCAUUGGUCAUCUGGCUGGCCAAAUACGACGGCCGGUACUACGCCGACCCGGGAGUGAGCAUGGGCAUCUCGUUGAUGAUUAUCCUGUCUUCUAUCCCCCCUGAGUAUGAGUCAUUCCCGUGUGUUCUUUGGAGCUCAACUCACACAUAUACAGUACGAAGAGCUGGUCACAUUCUCCUGGAAAGUGCGCCAACCGGCGUUGAUCUGAGCGAUGUCCAGCACGACCUAGAAAAGAUCCCCGGCGUGCACUCUAUCCACGAACUCCAUAUCUGGCGCCUCAACCAGCAAAAGAAUAUCGCCUCCGUCCAUGUCGUAGUCAAGGAACCCUCCGUCGCUAGUUUCCUCAAAACAGCCAGGAUCAUUAACGAGUGUUUCCACGCGUACGGAAUCCAUUCAGCGACUCUCCAACCAGAAGUGAUAUCGGAAACGGAGCAUUUAGAUGGAGAAUCACGGUGUCAAGUGGCCAAUGUUAUCAUCAACCACCCAAGUGGUCGAGCAGUAACUCGGCUAUCACAUCUUCCUUGGUCUAGUGGUCAUGAUUUCCGCUUGUCAUUAACACCGAUAAGCGCGGGAGACCGGGGUUCGAUUCCCCGAGGGAGAGUUUCUUUUUGCUUGCAGCUUUACAGCACAAAAAAAUAUCACAUUUUUACUUUUCAGGGCAUCUAUUUCUUUUUGACACUUUGUAUAUUUCUCAGUCUACGAAUCAGACUCAAUUCAUGGGUUUUCCAGCGUCUGGUCAAUCCUGUGUUCUCCGCCCGUGGAGAAAUGACCUCCGAAGAUAAUAAUAGUGUCGCAAUCCAGCGGGCGCAACUCCGCCGAGAUAUACAUCCGACCGCUAAACAAUGA